AGUGAUUGAUUAGGGAAUGAUAUUUUGCUUUCUUAAUAAUUUGGUGGCCAAAUUUGGUCCGACUAUCCAAAUCAAUGCCUCCCAUCGUGGGGGUGGCAAUUUGGUAAUUUCAGCUAUGAAGGAGGGUCGUUUUGACUGCAAGUUGAAUUUAAGUUAUUUCUUUCUUCCUUCUUUUUUUGCUUCUUCUCUUUCCUUCCUUUCCCAUAUCUAUCUCCUUCACAUUUACAUUUCUCUCUUAUUUCAACUGCAAAAUCUCUUAUCCUUUUCUUCAUCUUCUGAUUCCGAUUUCGAUCUCAGUUUUCUGCGUCAGAGAGUUUUUCGUUUCGAUUUUGGUCACUUCUGUUUCCGCAUCGGAGAUUUUCGAUUUAUUUCUUCAAAAAAAAAAAAUAGUAAAAAAAUAGGAAUGAAGAAAGCGUGUGAGCUGUGUAAGCAAGCGGCGCGGAUAUGCUGUGAGUCGGACCAGGCGAGCUUAUGCUGGGACUGCGACGCGAAGGUGCACUCAGCCAACUUUUUGGUGGCGCGGCAUUCGAGAAAUCUGCUCUGCCGCGUCUGCCAGUCGCCGACGUCGUGGUCCGCCGCCGGCUCCAAGCUGGAGCCGACCUACUCCGCCUGCCGGAAAUGCGCGAGGAAAACUGUCUGCGACGGAGAAGACGAAGAAGAAGAGAAGGCGGUGGAGGAGGAGGAGGAGAUGGCCGAGAAUCACGUCGUGCCGUGGUCGCCGCCGCCGGAUAGCUCUCUGAGCGGCGGAGAGGCUGUGGUUCACGGCGGAGAAGCGGCGGUUGUGAGGAAACGCGGCAGGAGCGAUCGUCCUAUUAUUGACGAUCUGAAUAUCUGCACGCCGUCGUCGGAGGCGGCAGCGAGCGUCGCCGAUUCCGUAUCCAGAGGAGAGUCGACGCCGCAGCGGAAGUUUCGGAGAACGGACGGCGGCGAAGCCGAAGCUAGAGUGCCGAAAUCUCCGAUCGUCGCGGCGGUGAAGAGAUUCCGGCGGGAAGAAGCGGUUCCCUGCGAGGAAAUGCCGAGAGCCGUUGAUCUGAAUCUGACGCUGACGCUGGGGCUCUUCAGCCGUUGAUUUCGAUUUACGUUUUUGCGGGGAUUAGGAUUUUUAGAAUUAGUUUAUUAGGAAAGAAUUUUUACACGUUUAGGAGUUUUUUAAUUAUUGGACUAUAUUUUACUAAUUUUUGUUGGUUGUAUUUGGUAAUGGCUAAAAUGGGCAUAUUCUUAAUUUCAGUCCCCUGCCGGGAUGCAUCAUGCAUCUUAUUAUAUAUUCAACAAAUCUUCUAUUUUUCUCA